AUGGCACACCAUCAUUCCUUUUCGCCGCGGUUGAGUCCCGCUUUGACUUCGACUUCGUCUCUUCACGAUAUGGGACGUAACCGAAAACUCCGUCUCCUAGUCGCCGCCACCGGACCCCGCGAUACCUCCUGGGCUCAAGCACUCGUUGUGCGCCUCUCCAAAAAUCCACAGAUCGAAGCGCGAGCGAUUGUCGACGAUGUAGUCCCGCGAUUAACACAGACCAUUAUUGUCAUGCAGAAUAGAGGGUUAGCGCUCGGCGCGGGCGAUCGGGCCGACGAUAUUGAAUUCUAUCGACAACAAGCAUUUGAAUUGGUAGAGUGGGCAGAUCUUAUGGUUUGCGUACCGCUUGAUGCCGAUAGUAUUGCCAAGAUGCUGGCCGGCGUAACGGACACUUUCCUCGGAGAAGUACUCAGAGGAUGGGAUACCCAAAAGAGCAUCGUCCUGGUCCCUGGUAUGAGCACGCAUAUGUGGUCAAACCCAAUGACCAAAAAGCAUUUGAGCAAAUUGCACCGAAAAUGGAACUGGAUACGUGUAGUGGCGCCGAUAUUGUGGCACUACGAAGGAUCGCCGAACCCGAAACGAGUGCCGAACUGGAACGGUUUCAACGAGGUUUUGGGUAUAAUCAAGAACCAGGCCGAUCUACUAGGACUUGGCCGUGAUAUUGAGGUUCUGACUGGGCUGGCCAUGACAGAUGAUGCCGACGUAAGAGUCCAGUGCAAGCUGCCACCAGAGAUCUGGACCAUCAUUCUCGAUUAUGCAGGGGAUUGGGAACUAUCAAAGGCUCUAGGGAUGUACACCAACCUACCGAUGCCCAGAGCGUGGUCAAGUCAGCCUAGAGACCCCAACGAUCCACUCAAGGUGUACGAACAUGAGCUCGAAUGGACGGUACUUACCGGUAACUCGGCUGCGAUAUGUAAGAAGAUAUCGCAAUCUCCACCUGAAUUCCACGAUAUAUCCGCUUUGGUCAUCAAAUUGGUGAUCAAGUUUGGUCUUAUCGAUGUGUUGGCAUAUAUGGAAGCCAAUCGACCGGAUCUCUUCAAAGCAUUCGAUGGCACAACGCUUCCCACUAAAGCAUCCGCCUAUUAUCCACGCACUGAUGUGCUAGAUUAUUGGAAACAGAGCGAAUGGUUCAGGGACCGACACGUGUAUGAUGCGGAAGCAGUCGACGGUGCCUCAAGAUUUGGCCAUGUUCGUGUACUAGACUGGUGGUGGCGCCGAUCUGGAUUGGGAAUGCGUUAUACUGAGUCCGCACUGGAGCAGGCCAGUGGAAAUGGCCAUCUUUUAGUUCUUGAAUGGUGGCGCGAUGCAGCAGCUCAGGACGACAAGGUUGUUCUACGGCCGGGCCGAUCUCUCCUAUGGGCGACACAGCAUGGACAAGCUGAUGUUUUGCGCUGGUGGGAUGCUUCAGGCAUUCCCGCAGCACAUGGCGACAGUGUUGCCAAAGUGGCCAGUCGUUGGGGUCAAGUUGAGGUUCUUGAGACCUGGCGACGGCUGAAGGGAGAUGACAAGCUCGUGUUCGAUGCCGAGGUGCUAGUUUCACCUACCAUAUUCAAGCACUUGUCAGUGCUGGAGUGGUGGCGCAACUUUGCCCAUGGAGAGCUUGAAGGUAUGGAAGGUCGAAAGCAGCUGGUAGAGUUCCGAACUUGUAACAUCGAGGAAGCGCUCGAAGACAGCAUAGGAGAUCAGAGCGCUGUUCGACGAUGGUGGACACAAAAUGGACUCAACCUAGGAUUGCGAGACGAAGAGUGGCUCAAGACGCGAUAUCUCUAG